UCCAUUCUGAUAAAAACCGCAGCUUGGCUUUGGCGUGAAGCUGCGUGUCAUUGAUAAACGGCUCAUGCUCGAGCGCAUUAAUUGUGAUUGCGGACACUUGUACGCAUGUGCGAGGUGUGUUAACGUUGCCGUGGAGUGGAAGUGGGCUUCUCCAGUCCUCUCUUAUCUUCGGUGCAGCAGCAGCCAGCGCAGCGGAGUGCUCUCAGCCAGGGACCCAGCUGAAAUGUCGGAAAGCGGGAGUCAGGAAGCCGCCGAAGCUCCGAACGGCAGCGACAGCCCGCCGGCGAAAGGGGCACCGAGACCGGCCGUCGGCAACAAAGUGACCGUGGUGCUGGGGGCUCAGUGGGGCGACGAGGGGAAGGGGAAAGUUGUGGAUCUGCUGGCUCAGGACGCCGACAUGGUGUGCAGAUGUCAGGGCGGCAACAACGCAGGACACACAGUGGUGGUGGACUCGGUGGAGUACGACUUCCACCUCCUCCCCAGCGGCAUCAUCAACCCCAAGGUCACCGCCUUCAUUGGUAACGGUGUAGUGAUCCAUCUUCCAGGCCUGUUUGAAGAGGCAGAGAAAAACGAGCGGAAAGGGAAAAGCCUGAAGGACUGGGAGAAAAGGCUGAUCAUCUCUGACAGAGCACAUAUCGUGUUUGACUUCCACCAAGCGGUUGAUGGCGUUCAGGAACAGCAGAGGCAAGAGCAAGCAGGCAAGAACCUCGGCACGACGAAGAAGGGGAUUGGUCCGGUGUACUCAGCCAAGGCAGCACGGAGCGGUCUCAGGAUAUGCGAUUUGCUGGCGGACUUCACUCAGUUCUCUGAAAGGUAUAAAGUUUUGGCCCAGCAGUACAAGGCGAUGUACCCCACUCUGGAGAUCGACAUAGAAGGAGAGCUGGUCAAACUAAAGGACUACGUGGAGCAGAUCAAGCCCAUGGUGAGAGACGGUGUCCACUACAUGUAUGAAGCUCUUCACGGCCCUCCAAAGAAAAUCCUGGUGGAAGGAGCCAACGCAGCAUUACUGGACAUAGACUUUGGGACGUACCCGUUUGUGACGUCGUCCAACUGCACGGUGGGCGGAGUCUGCACGGGUCUCGGGAUGCCGCCUCAGAACGUCGGCGAGGUUUACGGGGUCGUCAAGGCGUACACCACCAGAGUCGGCAUCGGUGCUUUUCCCUCGGAGCAGAGCAACGAGAUCGGAGAGCUGCUUCAGACUCGAGGGAAGGAGGUUGGCGUGACCACGGGCAGGAAGAGGCGGUGCGGUUGGCUGGAUCUGGUGCUCAUCAAAUAUGCACACAUGAUUAACGGCUUCACUGCUAUAGCUCUCACCAAACUCGACAUACUUGACGUGUUCCCAGAGAUCAAAGUGGGCGUGGCGUACAAAGUCGACAACCAAACUAUACCUCACUUUCCAGCCAAUCAGGAGGUGUUGCAUCGCGUGGAGGUUCAGUACGAGACGCUGCCCGGCUGGAACAGCGACACUUCGGCCGCUAGAAGCUUCGAGGAACUGCCUGAGAACGCUCAGAAAUACGUUCGCUUCGUUGAGGAGCAUGUGGGAGUGCCUGUCAAAUGGAUCGGAGUGGGAAAGUCUCGGGAGUCGAUGAUCCAGCUGUUCUAGAUGAAUGGGAAAGAACCGAGCAGAGAGGAUGCACAGCAGCAAGAAAACUGCGCUCUUCUUCCCUUCCUCCCUCACACAGCCGAACUACCUUCUCAACUCUCCGACAGAGACGAGUCUGUUUCUCACCACCGCACCGUCGGACCGGAGCCCUCUGGAUCAGACUGUCAUCAGACUGACCUCCCUGUUUGAAGCAUCCGUCUGGAUUAUUAAAGGUUUUAAACUUUAGAACAACAGCAUCACAGAUCUCCUUCAUUCGCCCCAGCAGUUUAUUCCAGAUUCACUUGGCGACACCAGCUGCCGUCAGGUCUGAGAAGGACAAGAGGGAUCGGACUCGACACGCAGACCCACGAACUGUCUGCAGGCGUUCGGUUGGUCAAACUCUGUUCAAGUGUAUUUUUGUUCAUCUAUGCUGUGAUUUUAAUGCGCUGUGCCAUUUCCGGUGUAAAUCGUUUAAGAAGUUUUAACCUCAGCACUUUACAUGCUUUGGACUGUGUCUGCUUUCUGUUUUAUUCUGCCAGGUGUGCAGCGCAUCCUGACACGAUAAAGGGAUCCUUUAAGAUUUUAAAUGUGUCUCUUUGUGUUUUCGUCGUCUGACAGAUGUUCCGACUCAUAUUGCCUUUCAUUCAACCAAAAUAAAGACUAGCUUUCGGGUUUCUUGUAGCUAGAGGUUACCUCCACUGAAUGCCGAUGGUGAAAAGUCGACACAUCUUCUUGAAUUCAUGUUUUACAGGUUCAUCUUAGUGGGGGAACUUUUCAUAAACGAGCCUAGAGAAUCUCAUAAAACGAACUCUUUCAGAUCAGUAGAGUGGCACCUUUACACUCACAUCUGGUGAUUGUUUAUUACCUUUGAUUUCUUUGCACUUUCAGGACCGUGUUCUGUUAACAUGAGAGGAAGACGAUGGUCACAACUUAUGAACUGAUAAAUAUUGUGUAAGACUGGUGGUCAUCAUUCUUUUAGUUCAAUUUUCUGCCGUUGUUGUGACGUGUGUCUUUAAACCUUAAAAAUAAGGCUUGUCUACUCUUGAGUUACAUUUUGCCAUCAGUAAUAAAAAGCUGAUGCUCCUCAGUUCAGCUUUUCUACAAACACGAAACUGGUUCUGGUUUUCAAGCCUACGUUUGAACCGUUCUAAAGAGAAGAUAAAUUCAGAACCCUAAUGUUGAUCAGACAUGAAGCUCGAACUGCAAACUCGAACAUUACCAGUGGAUGUAUCUCAUUUAAAAAGGGAAAACAAGAGAUUUGGGUUGCGAAUAAACACAUUUUACACAUCA